AGCGUCCAGCAGGAGGAGGGCAGUCGGCGCGUUUGGGGUGGUGUUGUUGUGUUUCUCUGUUGGUUGUCCUCCUGCUGCUCACUGCUGCUGUUCAGCGCGGAGGCAAUCACGGCACAGCUAGACUCAUUCGGCUGCAAUUUCCAGAUAACCAGUUGUGCUCUGGUAUCUGGCCAGUUGGAGAGCCGUGGUCUGAUCUCUCACGCCCCCAACAGCCCCGCAGGAAUGGAGAGCAGUCAACCUAUCACCAUCACAGACCUGGUUACACGGCGGAAGAAGAAACGCAGAACUCGGGCCACGGACAGUUUCACUGGCAAAUUUAGUGAUCUGUACAAGCUGACGGACGAGCUGCUGGGUCAGGGAGCUUAUGCUAAAGUCCAGGGCUGUGUGAGUUUACAGAACGGCAAUGAAUAUGCUGUGAAGAUAAUCGAGAAGAACGCUGGUCACAGUCGCAGUAGAGUUUUCAGAGAGGUGGAGACGCUUUACCAGUGUCAAGGAAAUAAGAACAUUCUGGAGCUCAUUCAGUUUUUUGAAGAUGAAUGCUGUUUUUAUCUGGUAUUUGAGAAGUUGCGUGGAGGUUCCAUUUUAACACACAUCCAGCAUCGAAAAUACUUUGAUGAGAGAGAGGCUAGUCAUGUGGUCAGGGAUAUAGCACAUGCACUGGACUUUUUGCACAACAAAGGAAUCGCUCACCGGGACCUUAAGCCUGAAAAUAUCCUGUGUGAAUAUACUGAUAAGGUUUCUCCUGUGAAGAUCUGUGAUUUUGACCUCGGGAGUGGAGUGAAGCUGAACAGUGCCUGUACCCCAAUAACUACCCCUGAGCUCACCACACCGUGUGGCUCAGCUGAGUACAUGGCUCCUGAGGUGGUCGAGGUCUUUACGGAUGAGGCUUCGUUCUAUGAUAAGCGCUGUGACCUCUGGAGCCUUGGAGUAAUUCUCUACAUCCUGCUCAGCGGGAGUCCUCCCUUCACUGGCCACUGCGGCACCAACUGUGGCUGGGAAAGAGGAGAGACAUGUCGUGCCUGCCAGAACAACCUGUUUGAGAGGAUUCAGGAGGGGAAAUAUGAAUUUGGGGAUGGAGUCUGGGCUCAGAUCUCAACCGAUGCCAAAGAUCUGAUCUCGCGGCUGCUGGUGCGAGAUGCCACUCUACGGCUGAGUGCUGCACAGGUCCUGAAGCAUCCCUGGGUGCAAGGGAAUGCACCUGGAAGAGUUCUUCCGACUCCUCGUGUUCUACAAAGAAACUGCAGCACUAAAGACCUGACACAGUUCGCAGCUGAUGCCAUCGCGUUCAAUCGGCAGCUGUCUCAGAAGGAGGAAGAGCAGGAGGACUUCGGUGCCGUGGUCUGCUCCAUGAGGCUCUCCCCUCCAUCUAACUCUAGAUUAGCCCGUCGCCGAGCACAAUCUCAAGCACUACGCACCAAUAACUGAUGCCUACCCACCGCACAGGUGCUCCAGUUAUACUCGUGCACACCAUAGUCCAUUAUAACCUUUCAUACACAUACCUUCUCUGGCGAACGGAUGGGUUCUUGAGCAAACACACAUGUAUAUGCACCACAGUCUCAGUGCUACCAACUUUGUAGCAUAGACUACCUUAUAUAUAUAUAGACUAACC